AUGGCCACUCCGAAUGAAUCAAGACUUUCAUUCGAGUAUUAUUCCACCAAGGCUUCAUAUGGGGAUGUCCCAGAGGGUCAACAAGAACUCGCUAUCAAUUCAGAGCUCAUUGAAAUGGAUGAAACAGUAGAAGGCCUGAAAUUGGACACCACGAUUCCUAGCAAUGAAGAAGAAAUCAUUCAAACAAAGGAUUCCAAGUUCAGUUCUAUUUGGGACUGGUUUAAAUCCAAUGUUCUUUCACAUGUCUUGAUUUGGUGCAACUUGGCAAUGUUUUCAGGCUUCUUGAUUAUAACACCUCAUUCGAUGAAAAUUUUGCAUCCUCUCAUAUUUGCUUUUGUUCGUUGCGUCAUUAUUGUGAUCUCUUUAUUUCCUUUGAUGUUGAUUGUGGACAAAAACUUUACAUUCAAGAGCAAAAAAUACAUGAUGAAAAGAGCUCGAAGGUUUAGAAUUAACCAUACGAAUAUUUAUGGAAGUCGUUGUUUAGGAUGGAUUUAUAAUGUAUUUUAUGACGACAAGUCAGCAAUUGUUUCCCAUAUAAUACGAAGAAUACCUGACUUAAAGAAAGCAAAGCAGCUGGCUAUUUGUGGAACAUUGGUAGUACUGAACCAAGUCUUGUUUGUUGCAGGUCUCUAUUUAACAAAUUCCACAAUAACAGGCGUUAUUCAACCAGUGGUGCCAGUGAUAGUCUGUACAUUAUCAAUGAUGAUGGGAAAAGAAACAAAAUCCAUACUCAAAUUUAUUGGAGUGCUUAUUGCCGUAGGUGGAGCGAUGUCCAUGCUGCUGGUGUCUGCAUUAAGCAAAAAUUACCCAACAGCUAGAGAGCUUGAACCAGAUUCCUAUUCCAAUUCGUCACCAUUCGAAAGACUUCCAUACUACUUUAUCUUAUUGCAUGAUGGAACCAAAGGAAUCAGCUACUCGUUUAUAUUAGGAUUGUUAUGUUUGCUUGGCAACACCUUUAGUUAUGCUAUUUAUUUAAUCCAUCAAAGGAACUUACUAGUAAGUGGAGUUCCAGCUGUGACUGUAACAUUUUGGUCCUUUUUCUUUGGAUUGGGCACAUCAUUCCUUUGUGCCUUGUAUGCAUUUCCAUCAUUUUCAUUAAGGAAGGUAGAUACCAUGUCGGUAUUAGGAGUACUUUAUGCUGCCAUUCCUUAUGGGAGCCUUCAAUUUGUAAUAACUACAUAUGCCUCAAAACUCUCCACUCCAACGAUUGUGUCAAUUUAUUCUACAGUCUCUCCUUUGGUUGCUACAUCAGUUGGGGUCGUGUAUUUCAAAGAGAUUCCCUCUCCUCUAGUGUUGGUAGGAGCCGCUCUAAUUUUGUUGGGGGUUCUCUUUGUAAUUGGGGCUCGAUAUAAAGAAACCAGACAAGAACGUGCAAGAUCAACAGAUCCUACAGAAACCUCUGUACACGAUGACAUUGAUGACACGUUGUCUUUUAAUCCACUCGAACAAAAGCAAUCCACAACUUCCUUAUCUUCGACUACAAAGAUUACUGAGCCAUUAGAUUUCUCUCCUUCUACACUUUCAGAGAGCAUAGACUGUGAGUCUUCAUCUGCAACUUCAUUGGAAAGGAAGGUAGAAAACAAUUGUACGGUUGAGCCAUAA